AUGUACGACCCGCAGCGCAAAAGGGAUACCCUCGCUGAAUUUCGGAUACACUGCGACCUCAUGACGGAUGAAUUCACGUCAGAAUUUUGCAACCUAGACCCCAAACGGCAGUCUCAGGUGCUCCGACAGCUAAACGGGCGGAUAAAGCGGGUGGAUAUGACGCAGCUCCUGUGGCUUAGGCGCAGCUGCGCCAUGCCGUGCGUUGACAUGAUAUACAUUCUAAUCGCAAUUCUCGUUGGCUGGACGAACAAGGACAACGAGUCUACCGUGGGAACCGCGCCCCUCAUAGCCUCCGACUUCAUGUACAAUACGCUCACCGACCGCAUGUCGCAGGAGUCCUUUUACGACAAGGUCAUCAUGACCCAGCUGAAGCAGAAAACGUACCAGCUGGUGGUGGACACCUACGACGCCAUAUCGGCGUGCAAAAUCAAGUCGCGUGUAUUCGGUACGCACAAGGUGCUCUUCGCCACGCUCUUCCCGAAGCACGCCGUGGAGCACAUUGACGAGCUGCGCUUCCUAGGUUUCAUGAUAUCCAGCUUGCACUCACGCGGAAACUCGGACGAGGGGUUCUGCCGCGUGCUGGUAUUCGUUCGAAACCCAGAUGCGGAAGAAACCCUGGCCUAUGGCUACAGUCCCGAGGUCAGCGGAAACUUCCCGGACAUAUGGCCGCUGGUCUUCAGCUCAAUCGCGCAUGACGACACCACAUUCGUGUUCGACGUGUUCAGGCCGACGUGCCUGGACAUACGGUCCGACGACGUGGAGUCGGCCAAGAACCGGAUAGCGGAUCGUCUUCGAAUCGCGCUGGAGGCCAAACAAGUGUCCUACUUCGCAAGCAACGACGUGCACAGCGAUGAGGAGGCGUCUUUCGUGGGAAGCGACGAGGGAACCGAAGAAAGCCAGUGA